GCUUCUGGAAGGCCACCUGUCCCCCGUCAUGUGCCAGUCCCCUCCUGGUCUUCGUCAACUCCAAAAGCGGCGACAACCAGGGAGUGAAAUUCCUGCGGCGCUUCAAGCAGCUCCUCAACCCGGCACAAGUCUUCGACCUGGUCAACGGCGGGCCGCACCUCGGUCUGCGCCUUUUUCAGAAGUUUGACAACUUCCGGAUCCUGGUGUGUGGAGGCGACGGCAGCGUGGGCUGGGUCCUCUCCGAGAUCGACAAACUCAGUCUUCACAAACAGUGCCAGCUGGGGGUGUUGCCGUUGGGCACGGGCAACGAUCUGGCGCGGGUGCUGGGCUGGGGCCCUUCGUGCGACGAUGACACCCAGCUGCCCCAGAUCCUGGAGAAGCUGGAGAGAGCCAGCACCAAGAUGCUGGACCGCUGGAGCAUCAUGACCUACGAGAUUAAGAUCCCGCCCAAACACAGCUGCCCCACCACGCCCGAGGGAGCCGACGACUGCCAGUUUCACAUUUCAGCCUACGAAGACUCGGUCGCCGCUCACCUCACAAAGAUCCUCAACUCUGAGCAGCACUCUGUGGUCAUCUCCUCCGCCAAGUACGUUUGUUUUAACAAGAAUGACCCCGAACAGAAAAUAACCGACUACA